UACACGAUACCUAACGCACCCAGCAGCCAAUCAGACAUUUCCUCACACUCCGCCAGCGGCGACGAGCCCGGGAGCUGACCGCUUCUGGUCUGGGAGGAGGAACUUGUCCGGCUCCAAGCUUCCGAGGUGCCCAGCGGGGCCGAGCGCUGUGUGCGGUAUGGAACCGUUCCCCCGGGGAAAUCGGAGCCAGUCCGCUUUGCGGCGGCGGUGCGGGGUGGAUGCGCUGUGAGAGGACACGGGACGCUUUGCGCGCGUAAUGGACCAGGGUGAGAAGAGACGCCACGUCCUGGCCAGCGUGUCUGAUUCUUUCGGAUCUGCUCCCACGCAGUUUGCUGCUAGGAGGUUGGGACCCUGCUGCAACCUCGGCUGGUUCUUGUUCGCCGUUGGGUUGUCUAAUAUCUCUGACGACGCGUUUGGGAAGUGUGGGGCACUCUGCUGCCGGAGGCUGUGCUCUGAGCUGGGACUGCCUAGCUGCUGUGAAAGCUGCAUGCCCCCCAGGCCAGUGCGGUGAAAGAACCAGUUUGCAAGGCGGAGCAAGCAGAAGCCUGGGCGUUAGCCGGAGCCUUAUACUGGAAACUGCAGCAAAGGAUGAAGUGGGUUUACAAACAAGAAGCUGGUGAAGAAAGAGAGAAUGCACAUGGAGAAUCCUGAAUAGUUAAAUUUUCAUUAAACAGGGAAGCUUUUUUCCCCCUUGCUAAUAAAUAUACACAAUGUCUUCUGGAAACAUCCAUGGAUCCCAGACAUUAAUUAAACCAGCAUUCAGUGAAAAAGAAGCCACUGAAUUAGUUGAAAGGGUAUUUGGAUUAAAAGUAUCUGUGAUCAGAUCACUCCCCAGCUAUACUGAUCAGAAUUUUCAUGUGCACGUUUCAAGAAGUGAGGGAACAGCAGACUGUGCUGACAAGUAUGUUCUCAAAAUCACCAACUGUGAAGACAGCCAGAAUCCUGAACUCAUUGAAGUGCAGACCCAGAUCAUGAUAUUUUUGAAUGUUGAAGGGUUUCCUUCAGCUACGCCCCAUCUUACUAAAGACGGUAACAUAAUGUCUCUAGAAUCAUUAGGUACUGGCUCUGUGACAAAAAAGUACAUGGUGAGACUGCUGACCUACCUCCCAGGCAUGACCGUGGCAACAAUCUCUACAAAUCCUCACAUUUUAUACGAGAUUGGGAAACUAGCUGCCAGAUUGGAUAAAACUCUCACAGAGAAAUUCCAUCAUCCAUCAAUAAAAAGUCUGCAUCGAGGGAAGUUCAUUUGGAACUUGGCAAAUGUUCCUCUUCUAGAGCAGUAUAUUCAUGCCUUGGGCCAGAACAGUUAUCGUGAAGUUGUGGAGCAACUUAUUCAGCAGUUCAAAGAUAAAAUAGUACCCAAGCUAAGGAAUUUUCGAGCCUGUAUCAAUCAUGGGGACCUUAAUGAUCAUAAUAUCUUAUUAGAUUCCAACACUGCUUCACCAGAGAAUCCACAAUAUAGAGUGUCCGGUAUUUUGGACUUUAGUGACAUGAGCUAUGGUUACUAUGUAUUUGAAUUAGCAAUAACUAUCAUGUACAUGAUGAUUGAGAGCAAGGAUCCUCUCAGUGUGGGAGGGCAUAUUCUUGCAGGGUUUGAAAGCAUUGUACCAUUGACAACAGAGGAGAGAGACGCCCUGUUUCUCUUGGUGAGUGGUAGAUUUUCUCAGUCACUUGUAAUAGCCUCAUACACUUCCCUCUUGUAUCCUGAGAACAAAGAAUACCUAAUGAUCACAGCAAAAACUGGAUGGAAGCACUUAUUAAGAAUGUUUGACAUGGGCCAAGAAGCUGUAGAGAAGAUUUGGUUUGAGACUGCAAAAGCAUAUAUGAACAAUGAACCCAUGUAGCUUUCAUACCUUUAUUACAGACACAAAUGUUCAUAUACUUACAAGUAAAGAUGCACCUAACAAUUUAUGUAAUUGUACAAUUUUUAUUCACUACAUUUUUUUAAAGUAAUUUUAAUAUAAAAUAAUGCAUUGAGAAUGUUUUCAUAGAUGCAUCAAUGGCUCUUAAGACAAUGAUUUUUAAAAAAACUACAAGUUGUCUGCUCAUGUUCAGUUACCAGGGUGGUGGAUGCACACUGAAUACUUACACACCCGAACAGCCAGUCAUGUAUAUGCCUAAAGACAGUCACUUGGUUUGCUAAAUGUGCAUUGAAAUUGUACAUUUUUUCACAGGUAAUUGUCCAUGUACUGUUUAGAAAAUUGGGCUCAACAUUGUUACCUGGCAGUUCUGUGUUCUUGGGGAACCAGGGCGCAGUACCCAGCCUGUCUGACUCACGAAAGACCUUUCUUCCGUUGCCCCCUAUCUGCUUGAACCAAAACCAAUCAGAAGAAAGACUUACAAAAAGCAAUGAAAAAGCAGUGGGGGACACACCUAAGCCCCUGGGAUAAGGGUGACAGGAUUAAGGAAACUCCCCUCACCUCAUUUACAUUGAAGAUAGGACAAGGAGGCAUCUCCAUUAGCAUACAGAAUGGAGAACAGAGAUUCCAAGGCAAGAACCACAGGGAACUCUGGGACCAGAAAAGCAGAGAAACACUGCAUGACAGGGGAUCUCUGCUCCAGAUGUUAAUGAACCCACGCCUGCACACACUCGGCUCAGUAGUUAUCAGACUAAUUCUAGUAAUAAAUCCUUUAUUGGUAUCCAAAAUAGUGAAGCUCCCUAAUUGCAUUGUGAGCUCCCUCCAAGGACCAUUACCCAUAGCCAGGAAUGAUCAGCUCCCGUUGUAUAGCCUUAACAAAACAACUUUGGUAUACUCCCUUGAGACAUCAGUUUACACAUAAAUCUAGAGUUCUCCCUUGAACCAUUGUUGUUUCUCUACAAAAACCCACCCAUGCCCAAGUAAACGUUCUGAUGUCUGGAUCCAAAAUCUGAAUCAGUUCUGUUGGGACUUCAUCUUCUCCUGACUGAUCGUGCUGGGGCCUCUGCCUAUCUCCAGUACUCCAGACCCUCAACUACCACCACCUUCUGGGACCCCUGAUCGAUUCAAGCUUCACGGAGUGCUGAGAACCCACCUCUCUCUCUCUCUCAGUCUAGGUAUAGCCUUCUGACCCUGACUUGUGUGAUUAGUUAUCAUUUGCUAAACCUGACUUUUAUAAUCAAAUUUAAGUUAGAUUUAAUAUUAUAACUCUUUUGUUUGUUUGGCUCCCCUAUGGUUAUUACCUGGCAAUAAAUAACUUUC